AUGCACCACUCGCAUGAAGAUUUCUGGGUCUCGCGCUGCUUCCAGCCGCUCUACCUCGCGCUCAUCAUGUACGAAGGCUUCCUCCCGAUCGCGACGCAGCAGGCGCGGACCGUGUACUUGCUGCCAAAGCUCCACAUGGAGCGCUGCAUUCUCGAUCCCGCCGCAUUCCACAUCUCGAAAAGCGUGCGCAAGAAGGCCAAGGACUACACGCUCAAGUUCAACACGGCGUUCGACGCGGUGGUCCGCGGCUGCCACGAGCAGCACGGCGUCGCAUGGCUGUACCCAGAGGUCGUCCAAGGCUUCCGCGGCUUGCUGCCCGGCAUCACAGUCUCGGACCAAGGCCAUCAAGUCCGAUUACACAGCGCCGAGCUCUGGCGAGGCGACGUCCUCGUUGCUGGCGAGCUCGGCUACACCAACGGCGCCAUGUACACGAGCCUCACGGGUUUCGUCCGACCGGGUGCGAAUGGCGCUGGCACAAUGCAGCUGCAAGCACUCGGAAGCUACCUCCACGUCCACGGCUUCCAGCUCUGGGACCUCGGCAUGUCGAUGGAGUACAAGCUCCACAUGGGCGCCAUGGACGUCCCGCGACCGACCUUUGUCCAAAUGGUCCGCGAGCUUCGCAAUCGCACCAAGUCGUCGCACCGACCACCGCCGAAGCGUCUCUCUACCUGGUGUCGACGCAGUCGUCUCGGCGGUGGCCUCAACGCGUACUUAUAG